AUGUCAUCUGCAGUCCUCGCCAGCCGGGACAACCCGGAUACAUGGGUCAGGAAGUUUCCUGGGUUACCAGCUACAACCCUCCGGCUCUUCGCAUCUGCAGAGAAAGCCGUCAGUCACAUUGCGCUGGACGCAGAGCUCUCUGCCGGAUGCUUGAGCUUCGACCACGGUUCACGCAACCCACCUAGCUCUCUCUUUCUCCCUCCCUCCCUCCCUCCCUCCUGUGCAUUGCUGGUGCCAGUCACAAUGUCCGAUGGCGGUGCUCGCAAGGCCGCUUCCAAGUCGAGUAAGCCCCCCCUCCCCCCCAACGUGCCAUUGUCCAGAUGCACCACCAGCUUGCCUGCCUCUGCCAACCCAAGACUUACACACUCUUGCGCAAACGACCCAGCCUUCCACUUCGCCGCCGGCCUGGGCUCGGGCGUGCUCUCGGCCGUCCUCCUCCAGCCCAUCGACCUGCUCAAGACCCGCGUGCAGCAGUCGGGCCACCACUCGCUGCUGCAGUCCCUCGCCGAGAUCCGUUCCUCCCCGCGCGGCCUGCCCGCCCUCUGGCGCGGCACCGUCCCCUCGGCCCUGCGCACGGGCUUCGGCUCCGCCAUCUACUUCACCACCCUCAACGCCAUCCGCCAGAACGUCUCGCGCCUGUCGUCCGCCGCGGCAGCCACCACCACACUCUCUGCUUCGUCGUCGUCGUCGUCGUCCGGAGCAGCCGCGGGAGCGGUGCAGCAGCAGCAGCAGCAGCAGCACUCGAGCAGCCUCGUGCGCCUCGGCCCCACGGCCAACAUGCUCUCGGGCGCCGCGGCCCGCGCCUUCGCCGGCCUCGUCCUCAUGCCCCUGACCGUCAUCAAGGUGCGCUACGAGUCGAGCCUGUACGCCUACGGGUCCGUCCUCGGCGCCGGGCGCGACAUCCUGCGCGCCGAAGGCCCCCGCGGCUUCUUCGCCGGGUUCGGCGCCACGGCCAUCCGCGACGCCCCCUACGCCGGCUUCUACGUGCUCUUCUACGAGCAGUCCAAGCGCACCCUGAGCCGGCUGUACCCCACCACCACCACGGCCACCGACGAAAACAACAGCAGCAGCGGCGGCGGCAAGAAGAUGGGCAUGUCCCGCGCCGCCGCCAUCAACUUCUCCUCGGGCGUCCUGGCCGCCACCGUCUGCUCCGUCAUCUCCAACCCCUUCGACGCCGUCAAGACGCGCAUCCAGCUGCAGCCCGCCGAGUACCGCAACAUGGCGCACGCGGCGCGGCGCAUGCUCGGCGAGGAGGGCUUCCGGUCCAUGUGGGACGGGCUCGCGCUGCGCAUGAGCCGCAAGGCCUUGAGCUCGGCGCUCGCGUGGACGCUGUACGAGGAGCUGAUCCGGCGGGCCGAGGCGACGCUCGAGAAGAACAGGGCGAGGAGGGACGUCUUGUGA